AUGAAGACUUCUCAGAUCCUCGCCAUCCUCGGCUUCUCUGCCUUCGCCAUGGCUCAGAGCACGAGCUACUCGCUUGCUCCCUCUCCAACUGAGAGUUACCUGUGCGAAGCACAUUUGGACCACUGGCAUUGCGAAGGUGCCCGCUCAACCACCGGUGCUGCUGGCGCUGCCUCCACCUUGAGCACCGCUGUUGCCGCCACCACCACUGCCACUGAGGACCACGACCACGAUGAUGAUCAUGACCACGCCUCCGGCACCGGUUCUCUUGCUCCCUCUCCCACGGAGUCCGUGGGAUGUGUUCCACACUCAAAUCACUGGCACUGCGAGGGCCCUGCUGAGGCCGCCUCUACCAGCGCUGGCAACGCUACCGUCACGACCACCACCGCUGCCUCCUCCGGCACCGGCGCCGCCGCCACUUCCGCCAGCGGUGCUGCUGCCACCUCUACCGACGUCCCUGCCGGUGCUGCCCGCGUCGGCUUCGGUGCUGCUGCCAUUGCUGCUGCUCUCAUGGCUAUCUAA